ACUACAGAAUGUGAAUGCAUGUUUGUAAUAAAAGUUCAUAAUAAUAUGCUCUAAAAUGUGUGAAUUUAAGCGACCAUUGCUUGAAUGCACCCUAAUUUCCUAUUUCUCCAACGAGUGUUUACAUCAAUUGGAUUUCCGCAUUCACCAGCCUGCGAAGCAGACGUAUUUCCAGCUGUCACUUGGCCUCCAACGCUGACUCUGUUUGGGCUUCCUCCCCCACGAAGGCUGGUUAUAACUAAUGCAUAAGCACAAAAUAAAGCAUUUAGAUUUUGGCAAUUAGAAAAUUUUCGAAGAAAAGUUGCCCAAUACUUAUAUAUCAACAUCUUUCUGUGUCUGUGUGUGUUGCCAGAAGCAUAUAAACAAGGGUCUGGAAGGUUAUUCUCGAGAUCCGAGAUUUGACCAAAAUACGGUGCAGGAAUCGGGAAAGCGGUAAAUAUCUUGACCGGAGCCGGGAUUUGACUUCUUCCCGGGAAGCGGGACUCGCCAAAAAGUGGGCAUGGGUUGCGGGAUUUUUUUUCGCCUCUCAGUCGGGAAUUCGGGAAAUCGUCACGACCCAAAUAAACGUUCUAGCGGCCAAAGAGAAUCAAUCAGGCGAGCGCUAAGUGGUGUCUCCUUUCAAACCAAACUAUAGAGUGAUCGAUACAAAUCGCCUUAUGAUCAUGAGUGUAACGCAUACGACCUGGGAAAUGUCACAAUUAAGUAGGGAUCUGGUUUUGGUUCAAAAAGCAGUUUAAUUUAAUUUUCGUUUUAACAAGAAAGUUAGCGAUUAGCGUCCUGGUUUCAAGCUUGCCAGAGCUUCUUCUAACACAUAAUUAAAAUAUGUCUGGAAUGUUUAUUGUGUUCACGGUUUUAUAAGUUUGACAGUUAUUGCUCAACUCAAGCACUUUGUUUUUUUUCCCUUUUAGCUUCGGGCAAUAAAUAGAAGGCUCUUUAUUAUCCACUUAAGUUAUUCAAAUUCCUAAGCAAAGAGAGCAUAUUUGAGGUGAGGGCAUGAAAGGGAAACUCACUGUACUUCAUGUUCAAGCAAGUCGGUUAGCCAGUUUCGCGUACGUUCGCUCUCCGUCCACGUAGUCAAAAUGGCAUCAAGGGUUCCCAGUGUAAACAUUGAAAAUGUCAAUGCCUCACUUGUUAAAAUCAAGACGAUCGUCACAAACUAUGCCACUUAUCGCAACACCACAAUUCCGCGAGAUGUCGCAGAGAACGUGAAAAGUAUCCGCACCUGGGUCGACGAACAGAGGGUGUCUUCUAGAGAGGCAGACCGAAACAAAGCUAUAUCAGAUGUUGGAAAUGUCCUUCAAGUAUCGAUCAGUUCCUUGCAAGCCUUAAGCAGCGGCGAGCCUGUAGAAGUAAUGAAAGGAUGUUUGAACAUUGCAGGGACCAUUGCGACUGUAGUAGGAGGGCCGUACGGUGCGGUUGCAGGUGCAUUAUGUGGUAUUCUCGGAACGGUUUUGUCACUCAGCGCUCCUAGUCAGCCGGAUUUGGCCACGGUUUUCAUCGAGAAGGUCCACGUAGAGCUUCAGAAAUUCAAUCAGAAGCUACAAAGCCAGAAGUUCCAUGGUCUGGCCGUCCGUGUGAAAAACAUGAAUUCCAGCUUGAAGAUCCUACAGAGUGGGUCAAUAGACGUGGCAGAUAAAGCCCUGUUUGAAACUGACUUUCCUCAGUUCAUCGGUGAAGUGUCCGAAAACUUCGAGAGAGGCCUAAACAAUGAAAGCAAAGAGGAAGAUAUAGAUGAUUGCCUGAGGUCAAUGGUUGUAUAUUGCAAUGCGCAGACGUCGCUGCUUGUCUUACUUGCAAACAUCCUGGCAACUUUCCAAGCCACUGGCCGCCAGACGAUGUUCAUCCAAAACUUGCUGAGUGUCCAAAAACAAGACGCCAUUCAAAAGCUUGGAUUCCUGUCUGACGAGAAGUACAUGAGUCCUUCAGGCGCUCUUCCGCCUGAGGGAGGCAAAAUUUGGAUGAUCCUUCACCUAAGAAGAAACCUCCCAUUUUAUGAGGUAGUCGAGGAAUUCAGAGAAAGCUUAGGAAUGACUAAGAUGCCAGAACUUGACACUAUCAGAGAAAAGGUGUUCUUAGCUGCUUUUUCUGGGCCUAAACGGGUAUUACACUUGUACCCACAACCACAAACGAGAGGGGACAACCAUUACUUCCAGUUAAUCAAUCACACAGAUGUUCCAAUCAAGGUGGUGUGCGAUGGGAUUGCGGGAGACCACGUCAACGGUUUGAAGUUUCGUCAAGACGUACAGCCACGCUCGUCUUACGAACACAUUGCUACCAAGUCAACUUGGACUUUUUCCACUGGCGGGUUCUUUGUGAUCUAUUUGGAUGGCAAGAUGAGGUCCUUUGAGAAUAUGUUCGAGGGUCGAAACCUGAAAGUCUUCGAGUUCGCGCUGUCCAACCCUUUUAUUGGUUUCAUGAAGUCAGCCCUGCUGGAAAAAACCCACAACUUGCUGUCGGUGACUGGUCAAGAUUGCUGGAAGCAGAUGAAUUCAAACGCCAGUCCUCCGAUCUACUUUGUUCACAACAAAAAAUAUUUUGUUGUAUUUGGAGGCUACACUCCCGUCUGUGAUUUCGGUUACAUUCCUGCGGGCAAGAAAGGGUGUCGCACAUGGCGGUUUGUAGUUCAGGAGUACGAUCCACUAGAAGUUGAACAAGGGGAUUGUACAAUUUUGUAAAGAAAUGCGUGCGUGUUUAUUUUUGACUUUACCUUACUGACAGGACCAACACUCUUAACAUUAGGCGCUCUGAUUACGUGCGUGAAGUUUAUUCAGAGCUAAACAGUGUGUAUCAUUGACUAAGACUGAAAACGUGUUGCAGUAUCGUAGUCUCAGUAGACUGUUCACAACCCUCUAUUUUCUGGUAUUUUUAUUCGAUCGUUGAACGCGAGGAUAGAAUCGCGAGAGAACUGGACGCCAGCGCAAAACGGGGGACAAAAUAAAGAGGCUGUACGUGAACAGUCUAUAGUCUCAGAGCCUCACAGUGUUUACGUAAUCCAAAACAGUAGAAGACUCAGUGCAGAUUCCGUGUUGUCCAUUUCAUGUACUGGGUAGUUUAAUUAAACAAGGCUACAGCACUACAUUGGCAUUUGGCGUGCAACAAUUUUAAUGUAUUCUUGGCUUUAGUUUCAUUAAGCAAAACCUUUUAUUGCAUGCUUGUGUAACCGACAGUCGGUCAAUAUCUGGUUCGCUUUGUUUACUUAAGUUCAAAGUACUAUUCUUUUGAAAGUUAGAUAUGCAAAACUGAGUAAUUAACAGUGUACUAAUUUUAACUACAAAAUUAACGUGAAUGUAUAUAUGUUUGUAAUAUGUAGA